ACGCUAAAGAACAGUAACCAAUGUUUCACAGAAAAUUGGUUAUUUGCAGCUUUGAAAUAAAAGAGGCGACUUUGUAGAAUCUUUUCCUAAAUGGGUUCCAUUUAUUGUGUCCCAUCUCCUACCGUCAGACGCAGAAUUCUCUCGACCCAUUUCUCCAAACAAUCGUCUUCAGCUUUUUCUUCUCAUUCGUCGAUUCUCGCUUUUGGAAUCGCCCGAUUUCCUGAGAAAAAGGCUAAAUUCUCGUCAUCGUCUUCGAUGAUGGCGACGCCUAUUCAAUCUUCUUCUUCUUCCACUGCUGGCGAGACCAACCAGAGUGUGGAGGUUGUGACUCGUGUUUCAAUUGGGGCAGAUGAUUUGCUGAUUGUUGGACCAGGUGUUCUAGGACGAUUAGUGGCAGAAAAAUGGAGAGAGCAGGAAUACCCAGAUUGUCAAAUUUAUGGGCAGACAGUGACAACGAAUCAUCACGACGAGUUGGAGAAGUUGGGUAUCAAACCGUCUCUCAAAGGAUCCGCCUUUACGGGCAGGUUCCCUUAUGUGAUCUUUUGUGCUCCUCCUUCACAAUCCUUAGACUAUGCAGGUGAUCUCAGGUUGGCUGCCUCAAACUGGAACGGAGAGGGAUCAUUCCUGUUCACAUCUAGUUCUGCACCAUAUGAUUGCUUUGAUAAUGGGGAAUGCAACGAGGACUCUCCAGUUGUGCCACUGGGCAAGAGCCCUAGAACUGAUGUUCUUUUGAAAGCUGAAAAAGUAGUGCUGGAACAUGGAGGGGUUGUCCUUAGACUGGCAGGGCUUUACACAGCUGAUCGAGGAGCUCACACGUACUGGUUGAGUAAAGGGACAGUUGAUGCUCGUCCUGACCAUAUUCUGAAUCUUAUACACUAUGAGGAUGCUGCAUCUCUGGCAGUUGCAACCAUGAAGAAGAAAUUCCGUGGUCAGAUUUUUCUGGGCUGCGACAACCAUCCUUUGUCAAGGCAAGAGGUGAUGGACUUGGUUGCCAAAAGCGGUAAAUAUGACAAGAAGUUUGAGGCUUUUACAAGCACCAGUGGCCCAUUAGGAAAGAAAUUGAACAACUCAAAAACACGAGCCGAGAUUGGAUGGGAGCCGAAGUAUCCAAGCUUUGCCCAUUUUCUCGGAGUAUCGAAGUAGUAAUCUCUUGCACCAAGUCCUUUCAUUCUUCCUUCUAGUGAUGAAAGUACAUGCGGAUUGUUCCUGUAGGCUGUCCGGACAAUUCAUUACAGAGUAAUUAGCCACAACAGCGCUGAUCAUGCAUGAGGAUAUUGGUUGCUGUAAAUGAGUUUGUGUUUUAUGGAUCUUGCACAUUGUGCUCAAUAUGAUCUUUCAUGUUGGAAAUUA